CAGGUCAUAUCUUCAAUACCAUUCAGCUGGCAGCGCAUCUCGGUACUUAUUUAAGCUUUAUUGUCGCUGCUGAAGCUUCUCUGUAAAUUAACAGGCACAUUCCCGUUUCACAUUUGCCCCCUUUCAGGAUGGAUUUGGAGGGAGGUGAUUCGCCGUGGGGCGAUGUCCCUUCGCAAUCCAAGUCGCCUAACAAUGAUGGAUCUGCAGGCAAACAGAAUGACGCCCCCUCGGAAGUGGCGCUCACAAGUCCUCGAUCUCCGCCUGGAAGAGGAAUCCGGACCCCAAGGAAGUUUGGCCCUCAAGUGACCAGACUUGAAGCUGUCGACGGUUCGAGUGACCCCCUCGGCCCGCUAGGCGACAAGUCGUUUCCUCCAAUCUCGGAACAGGGUCCUGUCCCGCCACAGAAAGAGCCAUUUCCCGCCCGCAAUGCCCGUCCUACCUCAUCCACAUCCCAAUCGUCUAGUAUUGCUGGACUUAUGGAGUCAGUGGAUUUGGAGGAUGAAAGCGAAACGCGACCUAGGAUGAGACCCCCGCCGCCUGUUCAACCCCCAUCUAGCAGCGACGAUGCGCCAAAAAAGCAAAUCCAGUCGAGCAUGACCGUUGAACAAGCUGCAAAGCCAUCAUUUUAUAUCACAGUUGGUGAUCCUCAUAAAGUCGGAGAUCUCACGAGCAGUCACAUUGUCUAUCAAGUCAGAACAAAGACAACCUCAAAAGCAUACGUACGGCCUGAAUUUACAGUUACAAGGCGAUACCGCGAUUUUCUGUGGCUAUAUAACUCCUUGCAUAACAACAAUCCCGGAAUUGUCGUUCCGCCACCUCCAGAGAAACAGGCAGUUGGUCGGUUUGAAUCCAAUUUUGUCGAAUCCCGAAGGGCAGCGUUGGAGCGUAUGUUGAAUAAAAUUGCCGCACACCCAGUACUUCAACAUGACGCCGAUCUGAAGAUCUUUUUGGAAAGCGACACAUUCAACUUGGACGUGAAAAAUAAGGAGAACCGGGAGCCAGAUCUGGGCCAAAGCAAGGGAAUGUUUAGUUCUUUCGGUCUAUCAGUCGGUGGAGGAAGCAAGUUCAUAGAACAUGAUGACUGGUUCCACGACAGAAAAAUAUACCUUGAGGCUCUUGAAAAUCAACUAAAGGGCUUAAUGAAAGCGGUAGAUACGGUCGUGCAACAGCGCAAAGGGCUUGCAGAGGCGGCCAGUGAUUUUGCAGUGUCUCUACACUCCCUUGCCGGUGUUGAAUUGUCCCCAGCUCUUUCUGGCCCGUUAGAACGACUUUCCGAAGUCCAACUUCGAAUAAGAGAACUCCACGAACGUCAAGCCCAGCAAGAUGUUCUAACAUUAGGAAUUACAAUUGAUGAAUACAUCCGGCUUAUAGGCAGUGUAAAGACGGCCUUUAAUCAACGACAGAAAUCGUUUCAGAGUUGGCACUCUGCUGAAUCGGACCUGCAGAAAAGGAGAAAUGCACAGGACAAGCUGCUCCGUCAAGGGAAAUCUCAGCAGGACAGAUUGAACCAAGCGAACGCGGACGUGGUUGAAGCCGAGAGAAAAGUACAUCAAGCGAGGUUAUUAUUUGAGGAUAUGGGAAAAUUAAUGCGAAAUGAGUUGGAACGGUUUGAAAGGGAGAAAGUAGAAGACUUCAAGUCUGGCGUUGAGACAUUUUUGGAGAGCGCUGUUGAAGCACAAAAAGAGUUGAUCGAGUUAUGGGAGACAUUCUUUUUGCAACUUGAUGCAGAUGACGAGACUAAUCCAUUUUAUAACCCAGCUCAGACGCCAACAUCUCAGCCCCAGCAUGAACGAACUGAGAGUGGAUCUGUUUCACAGAGCACUGAGCCAACCUCAGCUCAAGAAGAGGCGUAAAUUCUAGUUGUAUGAUAUCCUAUCUUGGUCGAGCAAAUCAGC